AUGGAAAGAAAGUUAGAAGACACAAGAUCUAACGAACAAGAAACCAAGAAGAUUGAUGCUCUGAAAGAAACUGAGCCAACUAUCUCAGGAGCAUGUGAGAAUGUCACAACAUAUGCCUUGACAUCAAAAAUUGCUAAUGAGUCCAGUGUGAGAAAUGAAUCAAAAAGCUCAUCUAGUUGCAAUGUCAGAGAGAAUGUUGUAACAUCAGUUGGCAACAUUGUGAAACUUCAGAUCAACAAAAAAUGUGUGGCUAUUGAUCUUCCUAUUGUUGAUGGUAUUACCAAGACCGUAGAUGAAAAUCACUCUGAAGAAGUGAAGGCCAAGAUUGUCAAAAGGGUUUUGGAUGACAAUCAUCAGGUCCCUAGGAUAUCUUUCCCUUUACAAACCGUGAUUCCUGAUCCUCCCAAGAGAAAAAGUGAUGAUAACGAUGUUCACACUACUGGUAGUGACAUUCACAUGACUGAAGAGGAGAACAAUGAAGAUGUUCAAGAAGAUGCUGAUAAUACCAAUGUCAUUGAGGAUGUCAAUGACAUCGGAAAUUCUGAAGCUGAUGAGAGUCAAGGGCAGAUUCAGGAACAGAAUUCUCCUGUGAAGAAGGCUGAUGUUAAAAGCCCUUCCAAAGACCCUGUCAAGAAAAAGAGUACCUCUGCAGAACUUAUAAAGAGCAGAGUUGUGGCUAAAAGUGUUGGUGUUGGUCUCACAAAAUCUUGGAGCAAGGAUGUUCCAAAGAAGAGGAAGGCAAGAGCUGCUGAAGAAUCUGAGUCUGAUGUUGAAGUGAAUGUCAAUGACAUUCCAUUAAAGAAGAAGCCUAUAACUAGCAAGCUUGCUUCAAGUGUACCUGAAGUUCCCAUUGACAAUGUAUCCUUUCACUUUGCUGUUAGUGCAAAUAGGUGGAAAUUUGUGUAUCAAAAGAGACUGGCCCUUGAGAGGGAAUUGGCUCAGAAUGCUCGUGAUUGUAAGGACAUAAUGGACUUGAUUGAGGCUGCUGGCCUAAUAAAAACGGUUGUCCAUCUGAGUAAAUGUUAUGAAAUGCUGGUGAAAGAGUUCAUAUUGGACCUCUCUGAAGAUUGUGCUGACAAAAGAUCUAAGGAAUUCAGAAAAGUGUUUGUAAGAGGCAAAUGUGUUAACUUCUCUUCCACUGUGAUAAACAACCUCUUGGGAAGGUCUGAUGAAGCUCAACCUGAGCUUGAAGUCUUUGAUAACAAGGUAUGUCAAGUUAUCACUGCAAACCAAGUCAGGAGCUGGCCUUUGAAAGGAAAAUUAUCUGCCAGUAAACUAAGCAUGAAGUAUGCAAUGCUGCAUAAGAUUGGGGCUGCUAAUUGGGUGCCAACAAAUCACAAGUCUACUGUCUCAACUGUUCUUGGAAGAUUUAUCUAUGCUGUUGGUACAAAAUCAAAGUUUAACUAUGGUACCUACAUUCUUGAGCAGAUCAUAAAGCAUGCUGGUGGCUACAGUGUAAAAGGCCCUAUAGCAUUUCAUUCUCUCAUAUAUGACAUCAUCUUAAACCAGCACCCUGGCAUCUUAUUUGAAACUGAUUCUAUUUGCAAAAGAGAAAGUGAUCUGUCUUUCCACUAUAAGUUGUUUCAGGGAACACAAGUUACAUACAUUGUCAUGACAUCGACUGAGACAUCCAAGAGUGGAUCAUCAGCCAGUAAAGCUGAUGUCAUAACAAUGUUGAAAGAGACUUGCAAAGAGCUGGAGGCGAGGAAGAUAUCUCAUGAGAAGAUGAUCAACAUUCUAGAGAAGGAUGGUAAUGAGGAUUUUGCAGGUGCUGCAGGGAUAGAAGCACAAGAUGAACAUGAAGAGGGAAGAGACUCUAAGGAAGAAGUUGACGAAGGAAAUACCAAUCUAGCUGAUAACUCAGAUGAAGAAAGUGAUGCAGAUAACUCUGGUGGGUCUGAAUCAGACGAAUGA